UUUAUGCCCUAGAGCAAGUUACAUCUCGCUUAGCUUUUUUCAUUUUAAAGUGGAAAUAUCUGCAUGGUUGUUCGUACAUGCUAUAUAACACAUCCUAUUCCAGAUCAACCACCAGUUGAGCUCUAAAUAGUAAAUGCCAAAAGUGAGAAGCAGACAGGAAGGGGCGGAGCGCCAACGGCGCCUGGAGCGACGCGCCGCACCGGACCCAGCAGCGGCAGCGGCAAGCUUGGGUGUGAGCCCGGGGGCCGCUUUGCCCACCGUCCCGCCGGUUCCAGCCGUCGCUAGGGGGUCCGCGGGCCCUGCGGCAACCCUCGGUACAGACGCUGGGCGGGCGGCGACACCUGGCCCAUGGCCCCCCCGGCGGCUCAGUCUUCCUUGGCCGUCAGGGCCUCAAGCCCCGCCGCGGCCCCCACCUCGUACGGCGUCUUCUGCAAGGGGCUCUCCCGCACCCUGCUCGCCUUCUUCGAGCUGGCCUGGCAGCUGCGCAUGAACUUCCCGUACUUCUACGUCGCGGGCUCGGUGAUCCUCAACAUCCGAUUGCAGGUACACAUUUAGAGUCGUGACUAAGCUAAUGGCCUCAGGGGCUAGCAUAAUGGCCUACUCCCAGGGUCCCUUGCGGCGCGGCGGAGCAGCGAAUGGCGAGCCCCACAGUCUCGCGUUAGUGCUCAGGCGCUGUUCGCGGCCUCUUUCUUCGCUACAAGCAGAGCUCCUCUGGGGGCCGCCGAGAGCCUACAGUUCCUAGAAAGAAAAUACGCGAUUCCGGAAACAGAACUGCAGUUAAGACCCUCGAAAAGAUCUAAGAACGUGUGCAUCCUAAAACACCUGACGAAUUUCAGGACGUGACAAAGCGCAGAGGUUGCAUUAUUUCAAAACAAAACAGAAGGCUAAAAUUUUCAGGAAAAAGCAAAUCAGUAAACCGUGAGUACUGGACUGGAUUGUAAGCAAGAUUUGAAUGAGUAAGAGCUGAAGGUAUUAAGAUUGUGAUAUAGAAGGUACAUACUUCUUCAUUCCACAAGAGAAAAGAAUAAUAAUCAGAAACUUUCAGUGAAAAAAAGCAAAACUGUACAGGAAACGCAUCCUCCAAGUACCAGACAAAAUGCUGCAAGCUUUUGAACUAAUGGCGAGAGUGUGAGAAAAUGGGCUCUAUUGCAAUGCUCCUGUGGCAGGACGUCGUGGAUCGAGGCUUGGAACCGCAGAAAAGGAAAUCCCAUAGAAGCACAAAGCUUGGCUGUUCAGUGAAUAACAUUUAAAUAAUCGUAAAAUACAAAUGUUGUUAUGGUUUUUAUUGUUUAAGUACAUAAUUAUGGUUACAAAGUGGAAUGCAAAUGUUAUUUACCAUAUUUUAAAAAGAGAGCCGGAAAUACAGGUGGGAAUGUUGAAGGAGGGCGGCGGAAAUAAAUGGAAUGGUGGUUCUGUCCUUAUAAAGUCGGAACUUGAAAGGUACUGUCUGUUGUUGAGUGGGGAAAGACAUUUAUUACAGGGUAGCCAUAAAGUUUCUAAAACGGUAAUAUAUUAAAGAGGGAGACCGGUAGGGGAGAACAGUAUGAAGUCAACAGGAAAUGCCUAAAGAUGGAGCACUCAGGUAGAAUAUUUCAAAAAAUAAAAAUUGAUAGAGUAUCUGGUGUAUUUGAAUACAGUCUAGAGAGCUUUCAUUUUUCCAUAGAGUGGGGAUAAAUUAGUGAUUGCAUAUUUUUCAAAUUUAGAAAAUAGAACAUGUAAUUUUGAACCCUGAGAAAAAUAAAAAUUUAAAAACUACACUGUAUACCUCAACUAUGGAUAAUACUAGUCAUGUAAAGUCUGUCAUAAUUAUGUGAAUACUGAAUACUGAUUUUACAACAAAUGAUUCUACAACCGGGAGGAUGGAAGAGAAGAGAGAUGUGUGUGUGUGUAAUGGUAGUGAGCCAAUCAAGAUCUGAUAUAGAAAAGUGCAGGAAAAGUAGUAUACACAUGUUUUUUCCAGAUUAAGAAAAAAACUAUAAUAAUAAACCACUAAGAGUGGUAAAGUUUUAAAUCAAGAUCUGAUAUAGAAAAGUGCAGUAAAAGUAGUAUAUACAUGUUUUUUCAGAAAAAAAUAAUAAACCACUAAGAAGGGUAAAGUUUUAAACUAGAUGCAGUGUUCUAUAUUCCACUCAUUGUGCCCAGCGAACAGUUAGUUGUUCUGUCUUUAAGUAGUAAGUAUCUUGCCCCCUCCAACACCAGGUCUGGCCUUGGAUAAUUGUUCUUUCUAGGCUUUAUUCUUUGUCUCCAGCCAAACUCCACUUGGGCAUAUUCUCCUUUAUGCCUUUUCUACCUGAAGAUACUCUCUUUUAAAGCUAAGCUUAGAUGGCACUUUUUCCAUUAAAUUUUUCCUGGAUUCCACUGACCAUAUAGGAGCUCACUUCUUUUAAUCCAUAAGGCCGUUUUCAUAAGUUGCCUUAUUUUUCCCUAAUUGUGCAUCAGCUAUCUGUUUUAUAUACUCAAGACAGGUUUCCUAGACUGCGAUAAGCCAAAACAUUUUAAUCUAAAAUAUCAGAAGUGUAGUUUAAUAAAUGAAAUAGUAAUACCAAGGAAUUUAGAAUGGUGAACAUCACUGUUUCCCAGAGCACUAAUGUCCCAAUUUGUAACACAAAAGACUGUCUAGUCUUAAUGCUGAAAUGGUGACAGAGUAGGAUGCUCCAUUUGGGUGACUAUGUGAACAUGUUCCUACAACUUUUUUCCUCACAUCAGUCAUUUGUUAAACCGAAGAAACAGACUUUGUAUUUAUUAUAUCCUCCAACAUAAUUGGCAACUCUUUGAGGGAAGACACUAUAUCGUAUUCAAUUUUACACCCUGUAGUAACAGUAUGUGUGUGCAUUGUAUAUAUACAUAUAUGUGCAUACACAUAUAUAAAUGUAAGUAGUAACUAUAUAUGUACACAGUUACCACUUACAUACUAUAUAUGUAUACAGUUACAGCUUACAUUUACCUCCUAAUAUAUACAUAUUUACAUUUUUACAUUUUAAAUAUGUAAAAUUACAUAUUUAUGUAAUGUAAAUAUGUAAUUAUGUAAUUUACAUAAGUGUAAAUAUGCCAUGCAUAUUUACAUAAAUAUGCAUAUAUAUUAGGAGGUAAAUGUAAGCUCUGUGGUUUAUUGUUUAUUCAGAAUUGCUCUUAAUUCUUGAGGUAUACUUUGCCGCCUACAUGUUGCAAUUCAGUGCAAUUCUCAGGAGACAAAACAAGAUUUUGACCUGAAUAAAACCAGUUAUUGUUGUAAUUCACAAGUGAGUUUAUUCUUCCUGGCACACUUCCAGGUAAUAUCCAUUAGGCCAAGGAUUUUGUUUGUUCACUGUUCUAUCCCCAAGCCUAGAGCAUUGCCCAGUGCGGAAUAGCUAAUAAAUGUUGUUGGAUGGGUA